AUGACCACCAGCUCUUCCUCUUUGCCACCAGUGGAUUGCUACAACGGUGGACAUUGGAAUGGAAAAGAAUGCGUCUGUCCCCAAGGCUACUUUGGUUACCAGUGCCAGACCCUCCUGUAUUCCUUCCCCAUAGAAGUCCCAGACGUCCUCAAUGCCACCGUAACGGUGAUAGUGAAAGUGAUUCACAGGAACUUCACAAAUGACCUGAAUAACACAUCCUCCCAGGCAUACCAGAAUUUCACAGAACUUUUCAAGCAGGAGAUGAACAAAGUCUACAUGGGGAAGGACCUUUCUGAAUACAGAGAGGUGAUCAUCAGGAGAUUGCUCAACGGCAGCAUCGUGGUGGAAAAUGACGUGGUCCUGGAGACCAACUAUACCUCAGAGUUUCGGACACACUUCCAGAACCUCAAAAAUAUCGUGAAGGCCAAGAUCACAAAUGCAACCAGAGAGAUCCAGAACGAUGUUCUCAAGUGUCAAACUUCCAUACUGUGUUACAACUCAGAGGCCACUAAGGUGGAAGAGGAUGUGAAGUUGGGCUAUGACCCCCAGGAGCAAUGCGCCCGGGGAGCUGCCCAGGGCUACGGCCAAUUCUACUACGUGGACGAACUGGAUGGAAGGCUGGCCUGCGUGACCAAGUGCACCCCAGGGACAAAGUCGCAACUCAACUGUAACCAGGGCGAGUGCCAGCUGCAUCGGAGUGGCCCCCGAUGCCUGUGCCCGAACACGAACACACACUGGCACUGGGGAGAGUCCUGUGAGUUGAGCCUCAGCAAGAAUCUCGUGUAUGGGAUAGUGGCCGCUGCGGUGGCGGUGAUGCUGAUCGUAGUGGUCAUCCUGACCAUCUUCCUUGGUCGAUCCCAGAGGGAACUGCACAGGCAAGAGUACGAUCCUUCUCAGGAGUGGCAGAGAGGAGACAUCCCUGGCACCUUCCAGAACACAGACAUCUGGGAAGGUACCUGUCGUCAGGGCAUGGGUCGGGCAAACCUGGAGGGAGAGUCUCGGUGA